AUGGCUUUCCCUAUUAAAUUCAUGUCGCUUCAAAAAACUGAACUAGAGUACGAAGUAGCAAUUCGGGGUGAGACCCCCGGAGACACAGUACAGGAAUUGCGUAAACAAAUUGCGAAGUGUGGGAGGUCCACACUUUUUCCUUCCGAGGACAUUCUUGUCAGUCCUUUUGAUGUUCAGGACGACUUAGAUGGCAUUACAGAGGUGGUGGAAAAAGUAAAUUCUCUCUUGGAUUCCAAACCAUUAAUCAAAAGUACUUUGCUUCGCGCUCACAAUUUGGUGCACCAUUUGUACCACCGGUUAAACCGCAUUGCGUGCGAGGAUAAGGAACAAAAGGAGGCUUAUGACCGAUGCGUGGCUUUAUUCAGGGUUUGCACAGACCGGGUUAACUCUCUUAACGUUGUCACCGUUACGGAUCCGUUAUUUUCUAAUAGCAGCAAUGUUCCUGUUGUUGCGGCUACUUCGUCAAUGCCGGUUAACGUCACGGUCACGUGCGAAGCCAACGAAGCGAACAAGCUAUCCAAACUUAAAUACGAUGGCUCGUCUUGUGUACGGGCGUUCAUCGAACGCGUGUCAGAAUUUUGUCUCGCUAAGAAUAUCUCGAGUAGUAAAGUUCUCCAUAACGGUACUGAAAUAUUUACGGGCGGUGCGCUUCAUUGGUUCCGCAGCGUCAAGGAGCAGGUCACAAGUUGGGACGACCUUGUAGUGCUUUUGAAGCAGGAUUUCGGCCAGGCCGACUAUGACUACAGAUUAGUUAAUGAAAUCAAGUCCCGUACGCAAGGAGAAACCGAGAAUAUUAUAAUUUACUUGUCGGUUAUGUCCGGUCUCUUUUCUCGCCUAACAAGACCCUUGCCAGAAGAGGAGAAACUUGAGAUUUUACUCCAUAACAUCCGGCCAUGUUAUACAAGUACCUUAUCUUCAGUGUCGGAAAUUAAAUCUAUCGAGCAACUAAAAAUGUUAUGCCGUAACUACGAGAGUAUACAGUCGCGUCUUUCUCACUUUAAAGAACCUCCAAGGGCGACUGCAGAUACAUUAGCGCCUGAGUUUGCGUAUUCGGGUAGUUCGUCGAAACCGAAACCUAAUUUCGGCAAUAAUACAAAUUUUAACAACAAUAAACCUAAUUAUAACAGGUUCUCACAAAAUCAGCAAUACAAUAGGUCAUUUACACAACAUAAUAAUAUAAAUAACAAUAAUAGUAAAACUAAACCUAACUAUGUAGAUGCCAUUACUCCCUCGACAUCAAAGACACGUUAUUGUCCUAGAUGUCGCGUGGAUACUCACAAUCUGCGACAGUGCACGGCAAGCAAAGAUAUUUUGGUGUGUUUCGGUUGUGGCCGUAAGAAUGUCAAGGCACCUGACUGUCCAGAUUGCAACAAAAAUAAUAAGCCGUCUCAAAAAAACUAGUCGCUCAGAAUUGUGUCAAUAAUACUGACAUAGCCAAAUUUGAUAAAGCUGACUGGCAAGAUUGGCUACGUACAGUUAAUUUGUAUUUUAAAGCAUAUAGGAUUGACGCAAUUCUGAAAGACAGUUUUGAUGAUGAUAGACCAUAUGUUCCGGUUGAUAUUAACGGCGUUACUAUUUCCGGAUUAUUAGAUUCUGGUUCCGCGGUGACAGUUCUAGGCAACGGUGCUCAUAAAGUGCUUGUAGACAGUGGGUUGAAGGUGUUGAAGGAUACCAUCACCCCUGUUACCACAGCUGGCGGACAUAUUUUGGGUGACGAAGGAUAUAUGAUGAUUCCAGUGCGUUUCGAAAAUAAAUUUCACGUUUUAAAGGCUGUUAUUGUGCCAACUAUUGUAAACAAUCUCAUUUUAGGGGAUGAUUUUUGGCGUGCUUUUCAGAUUUUGCCAA